AUGGCAGAAGAUUUAGCAAUAGCUACGGGCUCAUCCACCAACAAGUCUCCAUUCUUUGAUGGAACUGAGUAUCCUUACUGGAAGACCCACGUGCAACUAUUCAUUGAGUCCUCAAACUACAAGCUUUGGGACAUCAUUGAAAAUGGCAACAUCGUUCACAAAGAUGAUGCUGGAGAACCUAUAAAGAAGGACCAACUGACAGAAGCACAACGCAAGGAUUAUCAACUCAACGCUAAAGCUAAGCUGUUUCUAUUGUGUGCUUUAAGCAAAUCUCAGUUUGAUAAGGUUGAUGGCUUAGCAACAGCUAAAGAAGUCUGGGAAGCUCUAGGGUUGGUGUAUGAAGGUACAGCAAAUGUUAGACAAGCCAAAGUAAGUCUACUUGUGGCUGAAUAUAAAACCUUCAAAAUGAAGGAAAGUGAAAGCAUUGAUGACAUGUUUGGAAGAUUCCAAACUAUUGUCAAUGGGCUUAGAAAUCUUGAUCGCAAGUACGAAAAUGUGGAUCAAAUCACAAAGAUUCUAAGAUGCCUUCCCAGAAGAUGGAGACCUAAAGUCACAGCCAUUCAAGAAGCUAAAGAUCUCAGCACCUUGAGAUUGGAAGAUCUUUUGGGAUCCCUAAAGGUCCAUGAGAUAGAGCUGGCUCACGACGAAGGACAAAAGAAGCAAAAGAAUAUUGCUUUCAAAGCAAACAGUUCAAAGGCUAUCCAAACAAAAGAACAAUCUGAAGAAGAAGAAUCCUCAGAGGAAAUGUCAGACGAUGAACAAGCGCUCUUCAACAGAAAAUUCAAACGUGGUUCAAGCAUGGAUAAAAGUAACAUCACCUGCUUCGAGUGCAAGAAGCCAGGACACAUCAAACCUGACUGUCCAAGACUUGCAAAGAAAUCAGGCAAGAAACCCUUCUACAAGAAGAAGAAAGCACUAUCUGCUGGAUGGGAUGAAUCUGAGGACGGUUCAGAAGAUGAAGAUGAAGACAAAGAUGACGAUGCACUCUUUACUCUUAUGGCAUCCACAGAAAGCUCAGAUGAUGAAGAGGAUGAUGAGGUACAACCUGAAAAACUUAAAGAAGAAUUCAAUGAAUUACUUGAGCAUUCGUACUAUUUAUCUGAAAAAUAUAAAGCUUUGAAGAAACAGUUUGCUAAACUACAACUUGAGCAUGAAAAAGUUUUAUUAGAGAAAGAUCAUGUAGUUAAAGAGAAUAUUGCAUUAAAAGAAUAA